AUGGAUUAUAACUAUUACAUGAAUGCUUUGAAAGUUAUAGCAGUGGCAGAAUCGUUUGGAUAUUUAAAUCCUCCUAGAAGAGAUAGAGAAUUUUGGAUUCAUCCUUUUAAUAAAAGUAGAGAGGAAAAAGCACGCUUCAUUAAUUUUUAUGCAGACAUCAGACAAUACCCACUCAAAUUUUUUGAGUACUAUAGAAUGUCGAUAACUUCAUUCGAUGAACUUUUGGAACAGGUGCGUCCACAUAUUACGAAAAAAGUUACAACAUUCCGAUAUCCAGUUUCAGCGGAGGAAAGACUGACUCUUACAAUAAGGUAA